AUGUCUCGCAUUUCAGAUGUCGUCUCCCAAAUUACAGAAUCUGGAGCCAUGUCACGAAUUACAGAUGGACAAUACUCACCUGAGCCUAUCUCAAGCAGCAGUGUGAAAGUUCAUGGAUCUUUCAUUUUGAAGAAUCGAUUUCGACACUUUUUGGCUGGAAUAGCACUGGCUUGUUUGAGUAUCGUUAACAGUAAUGUCACUGCGUUCAAUCAGGUCAUCAUGUGCAUUAAGAAUGAAACGGUGAGGGUUUGGAAAUGGGUUGGGUAAAAUUUGUAUAGUAGGGUAAAAACGGGUCGAUUUUAACGCAGAGGGCACGGGGUCAGGGAAGGGGAGGGGUGGAUGGAUGGAAAUAUAAUUUUUUUUCGUUUGAAGAAGCUACUUUCAAUGCUAUUUUCUAAAAGUUAUCACUAAUAUGGCUUUUUUUGUUAUUGUGACACUUCGUCUUUUUUUCAAUACCACGUCGACGAAAUGUCAAAAAAUUUUUUUUGGUUUUUAUGGGAUUUUUGAUAAAAGUUAACCCUGUAAUUGGUCCAAAACUCAUUUUUUUACAUUUACGUUUUGUUUUUUGACUAUACUUCAUGUUUUAUCUUACUUUAUUCACCUAACCUUACCUCAUUUCAGGACUCCUCAGAGCCCCAUUAUCCAAUAUCAACGAGCGAAGAGACGUGGCUACAACAAGCGAUUGGAGUUGGCAGUUUAUUGGGCACAUUUCCCUAUAAUUACGGAUUUUCCAAGUUUGGAGCCAAAUAUUUAUUCGGAGUUUGUGGAUUUAUCUCUGGAAUUUGCGCAGCAUUGACUCCAUUGGCCGCAAAACAUGGAUUCUGGUGGUUUUUUGUCGUGCGAUUUCUUCAGGUAACAAUAGUUUUGGUAUUUUAUUUUGUUUUUAGGGCUUUAUUUUCUCCGCCGACUUUUCAAUGGUUGGAUUGUUGAUAACAAAGUGGUCUCCGCUGAAUCGAAGUGCAUUUUACAUGUCAUUAUUGACUGUGUUUACUCCAAUUUCAUCUGUUAUCACGUUUUCAUUCUCAGGACCGGUAAGUUUUUGACCUAUUUAGGGAAAAAUAAGGCAAAACGUUAGUACUAUAAAGUAAAGUAGCUUCUAGUUUGUGUUUCUAUUAAUUUUAGGCCUGUAAAUCUUCAAUCGGAUGGCCUUUGUUGUAUUAUGGUCUAGCUGUAGCCACAUUUGUCAUCUUUACACUAUGGUUCAUCUUCUACAAUGAUAAUCCAGCUACAAAUCGAUAUUUGAGUCAAGAAGAAUACGAUUUGAUCUCAGAGGGCAAAAAUAAAGCAGAGAUGGCGAAACAGACCAAUAUUCCUUUACUUGUAAGUUGUUUUUGUUAUAGAAGGUUUGAUUUGAGUCUUAAAAACAUCAGUUCGAGACAUUACUUUAGUUUUUUUAAUUUUUUUCGAUUGCUUUUGAUCACUUAAAACAAUAUUGGAUAACAUAGGGUAAUAUCUCAAAAACUCAUUGCCCAAUUCUUAUGAUUUAGGUAUUUAAUUGAAGCUUAUUUUACGGUAAAUAAAGCUAAAUCGCAAUUUGCAGUCUUUCUACAGGUUUUAAGAUAGUUACACUUUGUUUUAGGUGCCAAUAUACCAAUUCUUACAUUUUUUUCAGAAAAUUUUCAAAAGUCCGACAAUCUGGACAGUUUGGUACAAUGCUUUUGCAGACAUCUUCAGCAGCUUCUUUAUCUACGCCUACAUUGGUCGUUUUCAUGUUCAUGUGCUUAAGUUUGACACAAUUACUGCGGGAUAUUUGGCCGCAUUACCACCGGCGCCAUUUAUAUUCACAAAAUUAAUAGCUGGAUAUAUAAAUGACAGAAUUACGUAUGGUUUUGAAUUUUGAUUAGUUUGCAAUUUUAGGUAUUUUAUGAGGUUUUGUCAAAGAAUGGUAAUAACUUUCUUUACAAAACAAAAAAUGACAGAAACUUUCCUUACAAUGAUGAAAAAUGACAUUUUCGACCUAUAUUGUUAUAGGUGCUGCUCAGAAAAGGUAAAAAUCAACGUUUUCAACACGAUUGAUGUCAUGGGUACCGGAGUAUUCCUAAUCGCAAUUGGUGCAUUUCCUCCAGAAAACUGUUGGUACAUAACGAUAUUCUCCUUGUUCAUGAUCUAUAUCUGUAUGUCAUGUGCUGGUGGCGCCUUCUACAAAUGUGGUCAUCUGGCAGCAAGACAAUACUCAAGUUUUGUCAUCGCGAUGAUUCAAUUUUUGAAAAGUAUUGCACUAUUGACGGUACCAUCGCUGUUUGCAUUGGUUAUCAGGAACGAUGAUGAUUUGGGACGAAUGGAACGGUGGAGACCAGCGUUCUUUGGGCUGGGAGUCAUGAUGUUUUCGGUGAGUUGGAGGAGGGACUGGGAAGGUUGUUUUAGGCGGAAUCAUGAUUUGUGAGGUUUAAAAGUAUUGUUUUGGAUAUUAAAUACAUUUUUAGGUUAAAAAAAAUUUUUUUAUAGCUCAAAAGUAUAUUUUAGGUAAAAAAAAAUGUUUUUUAGGUAACAAAAUUGUAUUUUUAAGCGUGAACAGACUCUUUCAGGUAUCAAACAACUUUUUUGCUUUAAAAGUACUUUUUUAGGUAAAAAUUAUUGUUUUAGGUAGUAAGCUAAUUUUUUUUCAGGCAGGAAUCCCUUUCUACUUUUUUUCAACAGUCAAACCAUUGGCAUUCACAAAAACUGGAGAAAGCUCAUCGGAAGAAACUACUACAAAGUCCAAGGAUGAAGCACAAGCCUAA